GCGUGGCUUCGCGCUCGGCCCGGGUCGGGGCGUUUCGGCUUCCGCCGCGCGUUCCCCCUGCAGCCCAGCCCGGACCCUGGACCCCGAGCCUCGCGCAGCCCCGGGCGCGAUGGACCCCGCGCUGGCGGCGCAGACGAGCGAGGCGGUGGCGGAGAAGAUGCUGGGGUACCGGCGAGACGCGUCGGGCUGGAAGACAUGCCGGGAAGGCAACGGAGUUACAGUUUCCUGGAGGCCAUCCGUGGAAUUCCCAGGGAACUUGUACCGAGGGGAAGGCGUGGUGGACGCGGCCCCGCGGGACGUGUGGGCCUUUGUGAAGCCGCUGCCGGGGAGCCUGCGGGAGACGUGGGACGAGAACGUGAGCAGCUUUGAAGUGAUCGAGAGCAUCACCGACAACCUGUGCGUCACCAGGACUGCCACGCCCUCGGCCGCCAUGAAGCUCAUCUCCCCGAGGGACUUCGUGGACCUGGCGCUGGCCACGGAGCUCGAGGACGGGACCCUCAUCUCCAGCGCUGCCAACCUGGAGCACCCGCUGUGCCCCCCAAGGCCGGGCUACGUGAGGGGACGGAACCACCCCUGUGGCUGCUUCUGCGAACCUGUGCCAGGGGAGCCCGGCAAGACCAGGGUGGUCACCUUCUUCCAGACGGACCUGAGCGGGCUCCUCCCGCAGCGCGUGGUGGACGGCUUCUUCCCCCGCAGCAUGGCCGGCUUCUACACCAACCUCCGGAGCGCAGUGAGGCUGGUGCCAGCGCACGCAGAGGGCGCAGAGGCCGCGGGGCCCAUCCAGUGACGAGGCGCACGGACCGGGUGGCCCGCCGGGGGACGCCCGCCUGUGGCACCCAGCACCUGUGGGGAGAGGCCCCGCGAGGUCGGCCGCCAGCCCCGUGAGCAAGAGCUGCCACUGGGGUCCCGCCGGUGCCCGUGAGCGGCCCUCCAGCCCGCCCGCCGCCGGGGGCCGUGGGGGUGGCUCGUCACGGCGCCGCCUGGGGACAGCAGGACAGCAGGACAGGGCUCGGCGGCAGGUGCAAUACACCCCACUUUAUUCCA